AUGAGCCCCGCCGCACCUGACACUAAACCCAACGAAGAGACCAAACUCGACGAACAAAUAUAUUAUACUAUGUCAAACGAGAACACAUAUCUCAAUAAAAAGACCUACGAAAUUCCGUUGCUCAAGGACGAUGGAUCCAACUACACAGCAUGGAAAUUCAGGCAGACAACGGUCCUUCGCAUGCGAAAGUUACUCAGCAUCGCUACGGGAGCUGAACCAGCACCAGUCGCACUUACCAGCGAAGAAGCAAAAGACAGCAUCAAAGUGUCCCAACAGGCCGAAAAAAUGGCGAAAUGGAAGCAGCGGGACAACGAGGCAUUCUCGCAAAUCACCCUCAAUAUGGAGGAUGGUGUCAUGAACAACAUCGUCGACACAACAUUGGCAAACAAAGCCUGGACGCGGAUUAUCAAGCGCUGGGAAGGCAAGGGCAUGCAAUCGCUGUCCUUCCUAUACCAACAAUUAAUGAGCACAAAAAUUGAGGAAGAAGAGGACCUUACCACCGGGUUCAAUUCGAUAAAAUCAACAGUCUCAAAAAUCAAGACACUUGGAGAGUCCAUCAGCAAUUUCCUACUUGCUCAGAUAAUCAUGAAUGCGCUCCCACCAUCCUAUGCAAUUGUCAGCACCGUCAUCCAGACAUCUAUGCAGCAGGCAGCCAUCACAUCCGAUGCCGUAUGCAAAGCCGCGUUACGAGAGGAAGAACGUCGGCAAAAAGGUGGAGGGAUUACUGCAAUGUUUGCGCAAUCGUCAAAGGGCAAAUCUAUGACGAGAAAAUCAGCAAGGAACAACCCAAAAGGGAAGAAGAAGGACUUAGGUCCCCCUUGCGCCAACUGCUCAAAGCCCGGUCACACCAAGCAGGAAUGCUGGGCAAAAGGCGGUGGAGCCAAAGGCACUGGUCCCCGGCAGAGACGGCAGAACUCAAAGCAGUUGAAGGACAAGUCCAAUGAGUCCCAAGCCAACACAUCAAAAGGCAACUCCGCUAAGGUUGCCGUAACGGAUAAAUCAGGCAAUUCCUCCGUAGGCCCCAAGAUAUAUGCGCUCACCGUAUCGGACAAAUUGUCACAUAACGAGAAUGCCUGGCUACUUGAUUUGGGUGCAUCAAGACACAUGACGCCAAAUUGGCAUUGGUUCUACACCUACCAGACGCUAACACCACCGAUCCAAAUUUGA